UCUGUAAUGCCUCACUGUAUCGUGGUUCACUUAUUACGGAUUUACGGCGUCACAGAUGUCUUUAUUUUUUUAAAUGGGUCAGCGUUGUAAAGUUACUCACCUGCACAUCUGCUUUAUUGGCGAUACGAUUUGAAUGUGGGAGCAGUGACUUGUGUAAGAUCGUUAGCAAAGAAGGAAACCUCACCGAGUAAUUUGGCAAAGCACGAAAUUGCUUGAGCGUACAAAGAACGACUGGCAAGCCACCGUUGAAAACAAGCCACAGGCAGAGUUUUAGGAAAUAAAUUCACAAAUACCAACAUACAAUGCAGACCUAAUAUGGACACGAACAAAUGCAAGUAAAGAGCUUGAUUUUCUACAACCCCAAUUCCAAUGAAGUUGGGACGUUGUGUUACACACAAAUAAAAACACAACACAAUGAUUUGCAAAUCAUGUUCGACCUAUAUUUAAAUGAAUACACUACAAAGACAAGAUAUUUCAUGUUCAAACUGAAAUGUAUUUAUUGACAUUGGUUUUCUGAAGUGUUCCUGAUAUCCUUUACACAUCGAUGUCAUUUUUGGAUCCAGCGCCGCCCGAGGGAUCGAAGGUCACGGGCAUUCGAUGUCGGCUUUCGGCCUCGCCGCUUCCAUGCGGCGAUUUCUCCAGAUUCUCUGAACCUUUUGAUGAUAUUCUGGACCGUAGAUGAUGAAAUCCCUCAAUUCCUCGCAAUUGUACGUUGAGGAACAUUGGCCUUAAACCGUUGGACUAUUUUCUCAGGCACUUGUUCACCUCGCCCCACCUUUGCUUGUGAACGACUGCGCACUUCGGGGAAGCCAUCGCGGCCCCCACCUGUUCCCAAUUCGCCUGUUCACCCGCGGGACGUUCCAAGCGCGUGUCGGAUGAGCAUUCCUCCACUUUCUCACUCUUUUUGGGAACGUGUUGCAGCCAUACAAUUCCAAGUUCAUGAUUAUUUGCUCAAAACAAUCAAGUUGAUCAGUUUGAACAUGAAAUAUCUCGUCUUUGUAGGGUAUUCAAUGAAAUAUAGGUCGAACAUGAUUUGCAAAUCAUUGUAUUCUGUUUUGAUUUCUAUUUAAUCCAACGUCCCGACUUGAUUGGCAUUGGGGUCGUGCAACUCCACUGCAAAGCAUUUUGGGAAGCAUCGGUAUCUGCCGCCUUACUUCCCUUGAUGCUUUUCGCUGACCGCAUCGCCAGUGACCGUCGGUGCGCGGCGCAGCACCAAUAUGGAAAUGAAAUGUCCUCAUCGGCACACUCGCCAUUUAUUUGCCUGUGCUCGAGAAGCGUUUGUCGAGGGUGACUUCGAGUGGAUAAAUAGAAUACUCAAGUAUCAGAUAUUGGCAUCGAAUUGCAUGGAUGAAACUUUAAAAUUCAUAAAUACAAUGAAUAGUUGGUAACUGCGGAGUUGAUUGAUUGCAACGUAUUCCCUGCAAGAAAUGGUUGAUUGUGCUUGAACUUAAGCAUUGAACGCAAUUGCCACUGUUUUGUCCAAAUCGAUGGCCGUUCAUCUGUCCAUGCCGGUGACGUCACAAUGAAGCGCCCUUCCACGAGAUGGCGGAAGGCGCGCAAAGCCUGUCGCCAUUCACACGACACCGUAUCGGCUUGGCGUUCAUCGAAACGUUUCAAAUUCCCGGGAGGUUGCCACAUCGACGUGAACGUCAAGCUGGCGGAGACCAAAUGUCACUUCACCGACCCCGAACCGCUCGACCGAUGCCGGCUGUGGCGACUGAACGAACGGGGCGCCGUGGCCACCUGCAGCGUCGAGUUUUGGGUCAUGCGGGGCGCGGCCAAAAUCACCAGACACGAAUGCACCACCAGACCAGAACACACCAACGAGGAGCUGAUGACCAUUUGUCCUUCCUGCCCCAAGUUGUUGGCUCUCGACGACCCGACGGGCGCGAGCGCGGUCGACGCGGCGGCGACCGCGUUCAACCGAGACGGCCGACGGCGGAAUUACUUCACCCUGAUGGAAGUGGCUCGGCUGACCGAAGAGUACGUCGCGAGCGUGGGCACGAUCACCUGGCUGGCGUUCGCCCUGGUGGAGACCACGUGCCCCAGAGAGGCCACGAGCGGUUUCGCGGCCUGCACGCCUCGCUGCCCGGACCGAGCUAAUCACGUCUUUUGCCAAACUUCCUAUUACAACGUCCACAGACAAGUGGGAGAACUUUCCUGUGAAACGUAUCCACCCAAAAAUUCCGCCGCCCUCCCGGCCGGCGAGCCGGAGCCCGUGUGCCGGCCGCUCUUCCACCAAAGCGCCGAAGCUUGCGUUUGCCAGGCGCGGCUGAAAAAACCCGACGCGGCCGUCCACCACAUUUGUCCCUUCCCGCUCAAGUGAUGUCGGCGUAUUGGUCGAGUCCGCAAUAAAAACCCUUGAAAGUU